GCGAAGUCCAGACCAGGACCAGACUCGGACAGACCAGGACCGGGACUAGACCCGCACCAGGACCAGAGCCGCUGCAGGACUAGACCAGGACCAGGACCCGGACUAGACUCGGACUCGGAGUCGGAGCAGCGCGCGGUCGCAUCAUGAGCUCCGAGUCUUUCAGGUUUCUUCUGUUGGUUCCUCUUCUGGUUCUUCUGGUUCCUCUGCUCCUCGCUCUUCUCCCAUUGGCCGCCGAGGGUCACGUGAUCGCGCUCUCGUCCAUGUACGGGAGCCUGGAGUCGCCGGGCUUCCCCGAGCCGUACCCCCGGGACCUGGACCUGGUCUGGGAGAUCCGAGUCCCGGCCGGGUUCAGGAUCCGACUGGACUUCAGCCACUUCCACCUGGAGCCGUCGUACCUGUGCGAGUACGACUACGUCAAGGUGGAGGCAGAUGGAGAGCUCUUGGGGCUCUUCUGUGGUUUUGAGUCCACAGACACAGAGGAGGUACCAGGCUCCUCCCCCCUCAUGUCUUCCUCUUCUUCUUCUUCUUCUUCUUCUUCUUCUUCUCUUCUGUCUCCGUCUUCUUCUCUGUCCGUCACUUUCAGGACGGAUUAUUCAGACGAGGAGAAAUACAGCGGCUUCAGAGCUCACUACAGCGCCCAAGACGUGGACGAGUGUGUGGAGCGCUCAGACGAGGAGCUGCUCUGUGAUCACUUCUGUCACAAUCACAUCGGAGGAUUUUACUGCUCCUGUCGCCACGGAUACAAGCUCCACCCCGACAACCGCACCUGCACAGUCCACUGCAGUGACGUGGUUUUCCGGGAGCGCUCUGGGAUCAUCCAUAGUCCGGACUUUCCUGGACCUUACCCCAAAUCCUCGGACUGCCAGUACCAGAUCCAAGUCCAGACCGGGUUCAGGGUCAGACUGGAAUUUGACCCGGUUUUUGACGUGGAGGAUCAUCCUGAGGCCACCUGCCCCUACGACUACGUCAAGGUGGUGGCCGGGGGUCGGGUUUUCGGUCCGUUCUGUGGGUCUUUGGCCCCUGGACCCAUCGAGACCGAGUCCAGUUCUGUGAUGAUCCAGUUCCACAGCGACAACUCCGGAGAAAACCAAGGCUGGACCCUGAACUACACCUGCACAGAGGUGGAUUGUGGUUUUCCUCCGUCGGUUCUUCAGGCUCAGAUUCUGUUUCUGGAUCAGAACAAAACCACGUUUGGAUCCAGGGUCCAGUACAAGUGUGAAACCGACACACAACUGCAGCCCAGAACAGGUGAGUUCAGGUGUGGAGCCGACGGGAAGUGGACCAACCCAGAGACCGGGACCAGAACCCCCUCCUGCCAGACAGGUUGUGGACUCUCUCGGUCUCUCCCGUCGUUGGUGAAGAGGAUCGUUGGCGGUCGCACGGCCGAGUCCGGGAUGUUCCCCUGGCAGGUCCUGCUCCGAGUCCAGGACCGGACCAGGAUCCCGGAGCAGAACUGGUUUGGAUCCGGGUCCCUCCUGUCCGAGACCUGGGUCCUGACGGCCGCCCACGUCCUCACGUCCCCGCGAAGAGACGGGUCUGUGGUCCCGGUCGACCCGCAGCACGUCCAGGUCUUCCUCGGGGUCCACAGUUCCAGUCUGAGGGAGCAGGCGCAGCAGAGGAUUGUGGGAGCUGUAGUUCUUCAUCCCGACUUCCAGCCUCAGAACUACAAACACGACAUCGCCCUCGUGAGGCUGAGCAGAGCGGCGCAGCUCAGUGACAUCAUCCGCCCCGUCUGCCUCCCGCCAAUCAGGAGCCAGGGGGCCCCUCCUCUGCCGGAGCCGUUCUCUCUCGGGGUGGUGGCCGGGUGGGGCGUGUCCGUGACCCCCGGCCCCGCCCCCGCGACCUCCGACCUGCUGCAGUACGUGAAGCUGCCGGUCGUCCCCGGCGACGAGUGCGCGGCGAGCUACAGGUCCCGCCCCGGCAGGUCCGCCCCCGCCCACUACAACAUCAGCCACGCCGCCAUGUUCUGCGCCGGCUACAGGGAGGGCGGGCGCGACACCUGCCCCGGGGACAGCGGCGGGGGCUUCGUCCAGCUGCAGGGGCAGGUGGAGGGGCAGGCGGGGUGGAGGGGCGGGGGCAGGUGGGGGGCAGGUGGAGGGGGGGGGCAGGGGCAGGAGCGGGGGCAGGGGGGGCAGGGGCAGGAGCGGAGGUGGACUGUCCUCGGGGUGGUUUCCUGGGGGGGACCUGAGGACUGUGGGUCUAAGAGAGUUUAUGGAGUUUACACCCGAGUGGAACAUUACACAGACUGGAUCCUACACAACAUGAAGAACUAGACCAGGACUACACCAGGACCAGGACUAGACCAGGACUACACCAGGACCGGGACUAGACCAGGA